AUUUUUUCGAUUCAACAACCCUAAUAUAUAUACCCGAUCCGCCGAUUUUAGUUUUUUUAACAACCGCCGCCCCAAGUUUAGUGAUAUCGACUUCGCAUUUCUCGCCCCAAUCGAAACUCCAAGCAACGCGGUCUUUUCCUGUCAGGCGGCACAUCGAAACCUAAAAACUAAAUUAAGCUGAAUUAAAGCGAGGAAAACACAAAACUAGCAACAACAAUACGGCGGCUUGUUUUUUUUCCUGUGCUUGUUAGUGUUCUCUUUUCGCGGCGGGGUGUUUUGUUGUUGCCGAAACACACAUACAAACAAUCGCAGUCAUCCAAGGAAAUCAGAAAAACAAAUUGAUUAAUGUGACAACAAACGCCAAGCUAAUCUCGAGUCUAAUUAAAAAAGGAAGGCACAGCCAGCAGCAUCAGCACCAGCAGGAAAAGGAGGACAGGCCAGGAUGGAGCUAAUCAAUAAGUUCAGCGAUGCAUUCUGGAGUACCCACAUUUGGCUGCCGCCGAACACCACCUGGGCGGACAUAGCGCCGGGCUCGCGGCCGGAUGUGGUGCACGCCAACUACAAGGACCUGAUCUGGCCCAUACCCUUCGCCGCUGUGGUCAUGCUGGUCCGCUACACGCUGGAGCGUUUUUGGAUAUCACCGAUUGGCAAAUCUCUGGGCAUACGCAGCUCUAGACCUAAGAAAGCGGCAAAUGUUCCUAUAUUGGAGACGGCCUAUGCCAAAUCGACACGAUUGGACAACAAAUGGCUGGCUCCGCUGUCCAAGCAAACGGACAUGACCGAGCGACAGAUUGAGCGCUGGUGGCGACUGCGAAGAGCCCAGGAUAAACCAUCGACGCUGGUUAAAUUCUGUGAGAAUACAUGGCGCUGCAUCUAUUACUUGUACAGCUUCAUCUUUGGCGUGAUUGUGCUGUGGGAUAAGCCCUGGUUCUGGGAUGUGAAGAGCUGCUGGUACGGCUACCCGCAUCAGUCGAUCAGCAAUGACAUCUGGUGGUACUAUAUGAUUUCCAUGUCCUUCUACUGGUCCCUCACCGGCACCCAGUUCUUUGAUGUGAAGCGCAAGGACUUUUGGCAAAUGUUCAUCCAUCAUAUGGUCACCCUUUUGCUGAUGUCAUUGAGUUGGGUGUGCAAUCUGCAUCGCGUUGGUUCGCUGGUACUGGUUGUCCACGACUGUGCCGACAUAUUCUUGGAGGCGGCCAAGUUAACCAAGUAUGCCAACUAUCAGAAGCUCUGCGAUGCCAUCUUUGCUAUCUUUACCGUGGUGUGGAUUGUGUCACGCCUAGGCUUCUAUCCUCGCAUCAUCUACAGUUCAUCCGUGGAAGCACCGCGCAUUCUGCCCAUGUUCCCAGCCUACUACAUCUUCAACUCACUGCUUCUGAUGCUGCUUGUCCUGCACGUAAUCUGGACAUAUAUGAUUCUCAAGAUUGUUGUUGACUCUUUGCAGAAGGGUCUGAUGUCCGGUGACAUACGUUCCAGUGAUAGUGAGGAUCUCACAGACAGUUCGGAGAAUGCGCGUCUGGCCAAUGGCUCGACGCGUUCCAAGAGCAAGUCGAACAGCGGCGCGGCCGGAGGAGCUGCUGUAACUCAACGCAAGUCGGCCAAUAAUACCAAUAAUCACACGACCGAAACGCGAGGAGUUGCUGCGACAACGUCCAAGUAGACUGUGUAACCACAAGAAGGGUCAAGGGGAGACAGGAGCAGCAACAACAACAGCAGCAGCAGAGAGACAACACACACACAUACACAUGCGAACACACACCCCCCCCACACCUACACCCACACCCUCCCCCCAAACAUUUACACUCACACAGAAGCACACAAAAACCAAACCAGUUCAGAACGUUUUUAUGUUAAUUAUUAUUUUUAUAUAUUAAUUUUUUUUUUAAGCUAAACAAGAUGAGAAACCAAAACGAAAAUUUCAAUAAAUGCGAGAAAAUUGAUGCGUAAACGA